AGCAAUGGCGUCCUCAUAUAUGUCUAUUACAGAGACGGUGGUUUCGUCUAGACUAUGUUCAGGGAUAAAUAGCUUUAGCUCAUGUUCAAUAUACACGAAGAAUUCUCGUUUGUUACCAGCAAUAUGGAAGGGUUCUAUCAAUCUGAGUUUUCAUCUGAAUCUGUCAAACUCGAAUCAAAACACUUUGAAGCAUUACACAAGGGUAAGAAAAUCAGAAUCAGAUUGGCAAGAGAGCAAAGAUGAAGAAGAGAAAUCAAAUCAGGAAGAGAGCGAAGAUGAAGAGAAAUCUGAUUGGGAGGAGAACAAAGACGAAGAGAACGACAACAAGAAGGAAGAACAUGGAGAAGAGGAGACAGUUCUAAAACUAUUCAUUGAUAUCAAGGACAGGAACAUUAAGGAGGAAGACAAUCAGGCGGAAGAGACGGUUCUAAAACUAUACACCGAUAUCAAAGACCGAAACAUGGAUGGAAUUUCAGAAGUUAUUGGAGAUGAAUGCCAAUUCUUUUCCAACUUUUUAUCCAAGUAUCGACUCUUACAAGGCAAGAAGCAAGUAAUGGCUUUCUUCUACUGGUUGAUCAUGAAGCUGGGAAAAGAUAUAAAGAUUAUUGUUAGACCAACGUUCAAAGAUGGCAUGACCGUUGGAGUUCAAUGGCAACUUGAAUAUGAUAAGUCACACAUCCAAUUGGGGAAGGGAUUCAGUUUCCACUGUUGCCAUAUGUAUCAGGGAAAGCUAUUGAUAAAGAACGUGGAGAUGUUCAUGGAGCCAAUUUUCAACAUAGAACCUCUAAGACUAAGAACAAUGGCACUUGCAGUUAGCUUAGCUGAGAAGAUAAUCACUUUCUUGAGACCAGCAGAAAACACAAGGAAACAGGCAAUGACAUUCCUACUACUUGCUCUUCUGCUGCUUGCUGCAGCAGCUUUCUACUUCACACGACUGAGAUUCUGAUACAAACACAGCAUAACA